CGGAAGAUGACAAAUAUUGCUGCAUGAUCCGAUCUGUUCAUAGGGAAUCGACAUUCAUGACUUCUAAAGAGCCCGCGAUUGAUGAAAACAUUGUGAAUAAAUAUUGUGCAAUAAAUAAACGAGAUAAA